AUCAGUUUCCUAGUGACCAAUUGCCACUUGUGCACUUUUAUUUACCUCUACCAACCACACCAAAGCUAGGUCAUAAUGGUGUUGGGAUUUGGUGGAUUUUUAUCCCUGGAUGACGGCAACUACCGCAAACAACUCAACACCCGGACCAUCAGGGCCCUGCAAGUGCAGGAAAAAACCAAGCUCCGCAGGACUUUCACAGGACCUUUAAAUGUUGCAGCAAACAUCGUUGGUGCGCCUUUCACUUCCGGCUUUACACUCGUCCUGUCAGCCAUUGCAGCACGCAAAUGGCGCGUCGCGGAGCGCAAACUCGUCCUUAUUCGCGAGGAGCUGUCCAGGCGCCAGGUACCACUGCACGAGACUGACUGGAAGGAUAUCUUCGUACCUUUGAUUGCAUUCGUGACCACUACAUUCGUGGGCGAUGGCCUUAGUGAGGCCCUGGGUGCGCUCGGCGACAUUGCCACCAAUGUCUCUGGGAACUGUCUUGGGAUCAACGACAUCAUCAAUCACCUUCCAGCAGUUGUUCAAGGACUUGGCGAAGGAAUUGCUACUCAGUUUGAGCACCUGAUACCUGCGGUACAGGACGCCAUGAACCACGGCGAGGCCCAUGUCCACUACAAUGGUGCUGAUGCCGCCGCCGAGCUGGGCGCACAGCAGCUGGGUGAACAGGCAGCAACAGCCCUCCAAGCAGGUCUCUGUGCACAGCUGGUUUCAGAGCUCUUGUCGUGGACCAUAGAGCACUUCGAGAACCCGGAAUGGCACACUAGGGCCUCUCAAUCGCUUGGAUGCAGGCGGUACUUAGGAGCUGAAUGGCUCGAAUGCAACGUUUGUCAGGCACCUAUCAUUGUUGGGACUUUCAAGCAUUGUUGCAAAUGCGCCGACGACAAUUUCGAUUUAUGCAUGGAUUGCUUUCAAGACUUCUAUGGUUGCGGUUGCAUUGAAAAUACUUUUGUAACUCUUCAGGUGGCUUACCCAGGAGUUCUCGACCAUUUGGUGUGCCGCCAAACUUUUGAACGGUUCGAAAAACAGUCGUUCCUCAAAUGCACCAUAUGUGGGAAUGAUAUUUGUCAAGGGAAAUACUAUCAAUGUUUUGCGUGCAAACCUGGAUCUGCGUUUGAUAUCUGUUUCGACUGCUUCAAGAGUGGACGCCAUUGCCAGGACCCGGAGAACCACGCACUCUAUUCUUUCGUGUGGGCUUCAGCCCCUGGUAAGUUUGCCCGGAACCCAUACGAAGCUUCAUCCAAAAAGGGUCUCGCCAAAUGCACCAAGUGUCGGGAGUCGAUUCGGCGUGGGGCCUUCUAUCACUGCGACAAAUGCGAGGAAGGAGAGUUCGACCUAUGCCACGGUUGCUACGAAAGUGGCAGUGCAUGCAAGGACACAACACACAUUCUGUCACGUUUUCUUGCUUUCGGACGGAAUGGCUGGAAAGGUUUCGCUAAAGGAUCUUUCUGUAACGUCCCAGACUGCCUCAAGCUUCUCGAAAGUGAGAAAGUAGGUUAUACUUGCUCUACUUGCGGUCAUGGGCUCUUCAACGAAUACGUGGUCUGCUACUCUUGUUAUAGUAAUGGUUUUGGUUGCUUGGAUCGGACCCAUACGUUAACUAAGCGGAGGGCACCGUAGAAAGGCUUGGGAUUUGCGUUUUCGUAUACCGCUCUCAGAUUGCCGGCUGUAGCUAUAUAUCCUGGAUGUCGAUAUUAUUAUAUGUACCUACGGUUCUUUUUAUUGCUUUUUAC